AUGGCACACAUCGGAGCGCUUCCCCAAAUCCACCGUUACAUCACCACCCACAAUGAGAAGGGCAAAGCAGUCUUCAGCAAAGCCUUCAAUGAGGAGAGCAAGAUGAAAGCCAACGAUGACGGCAUCGCGUUUGCUCUCAGCUUCACCACCAAAGGCUUCCCCGUCGAUAUGAAUGACGACCAGGACCUUGACGUGUACGGCAAUUAUCUCAAGGACGCCCCGGGCCUCGUCGUGUCCGGUGGCACAGUUCUCCGUCAUGUCGAUAUCCCUCCUGACACAGCGUGCACGAUGCACCGGACUGUGAGCUUAGACUACGGGUGUGUACUCGAGGGCGAGGUCGAAUGUCUGCUAGACAGCGGGGAGAAGCGGUUGAUGAAGCGGGGAGAUGUUGCGAUUCAGCGCGGGACUAUGCACCAGUGGAUCAACCACAGCAAGACCGACUGGACGCGCAUGUUGUUUGUUUUGCAGGAAUCGAAGCCCCUGAAGCUCUCGGGUGAGACGGUCGGUGAGGAGCUUGCUGGUAUGGCUGGUGUGCCGGCUGCCAAGCCAGCUAGUACUCAAUCUGAUUACUCCCCACGUGCUCCACUCUUGCUCUUCACUGUAGCAUUUGCAACAAACGCAAAGGGCAGUCCUUUUGAAGUUCACCUAUCAUGGUCACGCUAUGCCAACACUGAUCGUGACAUUUACACCAAACCUGGCGGCUGCACCCGUACUCGAACAAUACUAAGCAACCCUUGCAAGAAAGCCAUUGUCCCCGCCAGCCAUUCACAGAUGCCCAGUCGCGUACCAUUCCAAUCCAAACGCCACAACGUGCAUGUAAAGAAGAUGGCUAUUCCACUACGUUCUGCUGCUCAAGCUUCUUCUUCUCGCUUGGAAGAAAUUAUUCCCGGAUCAGAACGUAUUGAGGAGCUUUCAGACGAAGAGCUUGAGAGCGAUUACGAAGACAUGGGAACUGCUACCACGGAAGAGCAAGCAAACAUUGCUUAUCUAGAGAGUAUAAGGGCGCCUAUCAAAGACUCACUUGUGACGGACACGUCGGAAACCGAUGCUGAAACCGCCAAAGUCAUCUUACCUUAUCUGGAGGGCAACCCGAACAACUUUUCAUUGAAUGCUUUCGGCAUACCAAACUUGCAGCGACCAAAGCACGAUUAUUUCUUGAGAGAACAGCUUGGGGACUAUCCUGCGCGUGCUGCUGGAUUGGACGCUGCGCGACCAUGGCUCUUAUAUUGGUCUCUGCAAGGCUUGACCGCUAUGGGCUCCGACAUAACUAGCUACGACAAAACAGUACCACACACGUUUUCUCUAGCUCAACAUCCAGAUGGAGGAUUCGGAGGUGGCUACGGUCAGUAUGGCCAUCUUGCUUGCACAUAUGCUGCAACGCUAUCACUCGCUACGGUCGGUGGAACCAGAGCAUACGAGACCAUCAAUCGCAAAGCCCUCUGGCACUUCUUGGGCCGGAUGAAGCAAGCAGACGGAGGCUUUACCAUGUGCCAGGGCGGCGAAGAAGAUAUUCGAGGUGCCUUUUGUGCCAUGGUCGUGCUGUCUCUUACCAACCUCCCUCUUGAGCUUCCACCUGAUGCACCAGUACGGAAACAAGGCUUUACCAGCUUCACGGAUGGUCUUGGUGAGUGGAUCUCGAAAUGCCAAUCUUGGGACGGCGGUAUCUCAGCGACGCCUGGAAACGAGGCCCACGGGGCUUACGCAUUCUGUGGUUUGGGCUGUCUUGCUAUACUAGGGCCACCAAAAGAGACAUUACACAAGUACUUGGACGUCAAUCUUCUGACAUACUGGCUGUCAUCCCGCCAAUGCACACCAGAGGGUGGAUACAAUGGCCGCACAAACAAGCUCGUGGACGGCUGCUAUUCUCAGUGGGUGGGGGGAUGCUGGUCUAUCGUCGAAGCCGCAACCACAACAGGAAUCUGGAAUCGGGGAGCACUUGGGCGUUAUAUUCUAGCCGCAUGUCAAGAGAAGAGGGGUGGGCUAAGAGACAAGCCUGGAAAGGGCCCUGACGCAUACCAUACAUGCUACAAUUUGGCUGGACUAAGUGCGGCACAGCACAAGUAUGUCUACGACGAGAACGUAAACAAGACUUUGGGCACCGGCAACUAUGGCGCACCUUUCCACUGGAAGACAGAGGGACGUUACGAUGGCGAAGAUAUCGUUUGGGACGACGCUGAUGCUGUGAGGGCAGUGCACCCUGUGUUCGUCAUUCCUUUCAUGGCGGUGUAUGAAACCCGGAAAUACUUUGAGGAUAAGGAGGGGUUCUGA